CCCAAACACAGUCACACAAACACUCACGCAUACACUCACCAAACAGGAAGACUAUACCUGUUGGGUGUGAGUUGGCCGGGAACUGUCAGUUUUAUCAACAAAGAAGACAAGAUUUGAACAUCAUUAGGACUCUUGGAAGCAGACAUAUCUGGAUUACAAAAGUGAAAAAUCAAACUCCUCAAUCCUCUCUGGACCCGAUCAUCAAGUUACAGAAAAAGGAUUCCUGUUUUUUCAGAAAGAAAAAUAUCAUGGCGGCCCACCUGCCACCUGUGUGAUAACAAGUCCAAUAUCUGGGACGAUGAUUUCUAUCUAGACCCACAACACAAGACUGCAGCUAUCAACAAUGUUCACCCCUGGAAAAAGCAGCCUCCCGUCCCCCAGCCUGGAGGACUCCUUCUUCCCUCUCUCCUCAUCGUCCUCAGUCUCACUUUCCUUUGCUCUCCCCUCAUCCACAUCCUCUCUUGGCAGCAGUGACAACGGAGGAGGGAUAGAGACGGAUCUGAUACUAGCUGCAGAGCUGGGGCAGGCUUUACUGGAGAAGAAUGAGGAGCUGGCAGCCUCCCUGGAGCAGAGGGAGAGAGAGAUGGAGGCUUUACAGCAGGAGAAGCAUGUUCUGCACAGGAAGCUGGAGAUGAAUGAGCUGGUGUCUGGACAGAGAGAGGCAGAGCUGACUUCAGAUUUAGCUGCUUUGAGGGCAAAUCUGGAGCAACAUCACAGCCAGGGGCGCGACCGGCGAAGGGACGAGAGUGAGCAGCUGACUCAGUUAGCCAAUCAUAACCAACGCCUGGUGGAGCAGCUAGCAGAGGCGGUUACACUGGAGCACUCCUUAAGGACUGAGCUUCGUUCCAUCAGAGAAGAGAUGGAUGAAUCAUCGUUCAGCCGAAAUAUCAACUUCACACAAAUAGAGAACAUUCAAGCAGAGAACAAAGUUUUGCUGGAGCGGCUUUCGCACAUGGAUGCUCAAUUAAGAGCUUCACAGGAGGACAGCGAUAGACUCCGCAUGGAGAGAGAGAGACUGAGAGACAGACUGUCAGAAACACAAACAAACCUGAAAGAGAAAGAGGCAGAGAUAGAGCAGGAGCAGGGAGUGGUGUUUGAGUUACGAAGCGUGAAUCGCUCCCUGCAGCAAAACAGUCUGAAUCUGGGAGAAGACAGCUUUCUGGACAGUAGACAAACAGAACCUUUAUCUCUGCAUAGUGAAAUUCAGCAAUCACAGGCCAAAGAGGCUCUUCUCGCUCACUCCACAGUCCUGCAAGCAAGAGAUGGAGAGAUACAAGUGCUCAAAGAGGAGCUGCAAUCUCAAAGAGAUGAGUUGGAGUCUUUGAGGCAGGAAAUGGAGCCAUUCAGAAGCAGCUCUGAAAAGCCAAGCUACAGUUGCCUGGAAAGUGAAUUGGCCAUGGUGUGUCAGGAAAAGGAAUCGCUAACGCAGCAGCUUCUCAACACCAUUAAACACAAGGUGGCGCUGUCUCAAGAGCUGGAGGCCUGGCAGGAGGACAUGCGGCUGGUGAUCAAUCAACAGGUGCAGCAAAGGGAGGAAGAGAGACAGAGGGAAAGAGUGCGAGAGAAAGACAACGCAGUGGGAUUACAAAGAAGCAAAUCUUUGAGAUUGAAGGGAGAAGGAGGGAAAGGAUUCUUCUCCUUUUUUAAAGAAAAAUAACAAAGAUAGCUGCCAUCAAUUUAGACGGACAAGUCUCAGCCUUUAUCUUCCCCACUGAAGCUGGAUAUGUUAUCACCACCAACCAGGGAUAUGUUUACAGACCUCUUAUUUGAAUAUCUAUUUGUAUAUAUGAAUGUGUACAGUACUGUAAGUCAUUUCAGAGUUUAGGAUUUUAUAUUAAAUUUUAAAGCCAACAACAA